AUGGCGGUGUUGAGGUUCUCCGACGAAGCUGUGGCUGCCGCCGUGCCCAUCCUGGUGUACUGGACCUACUCCGGCGUGCACACGGCGCUUGGCCAUGGACGCGUCAUGGCCAAGUACAGGCUCAACACCAAGGCUGAGGAGGACAGCAAGAACACGGUGUCCAAGCGUGCCGUGCUCGGGAACGUCCUCAUGCAGCACCUCAUGCAGCUCGUCGCCGUCACCGUGCUCACCCCGGUUAUAGCGGGAAGAGGAGCAGGGGGAGCGGCCACGGGCGACUCGCCGGCGACCGCGUCGUCGUACCUGACAGCGGCGCGUCAGAUCGCGGUGACCGUGGUGCUGUACGACGUGUACCGCUACGCGUGGCACCGCCUGGCGCACCGCAGCCGGUUCCUGUACCGGCACCUCCACUCGUGGCACCACCGCCUGGUGGUGCCCUACGCGUUCGGCGCCAAGUACGGGCACCCGGUGGAGGCCCUCAUCGCCGACACGGCCGGCGCGUCGCUGGCCAUCCUCGCCUCCGGCAUGUCGUCGUCGCCGCGCGCCACGGCCGUCUUCCUCUCGCUGUGCAACAUCAAGGGCAUCGACAACCACUGCGGGCUGUGCCUCCUGCCGCGCCGCCUGCAGUCGCUCUGGAACGGCGCCGCGUACCACGGCGUGCACCACCUGCCGCGCGGCGUCAGGUACAACUUCUCCGACCUCUUCUUUGUCACGUGGGACAAGGCGUUCGGGACGUACCUGCACUACACCGUCGAGGAGAGACCCGGCGGCGAAGGGCUGGUGAUCCAGCCGGUGCGGCCCAAGGCGUCCAAGGCCUCCGCCGUUGUCACGCCAGUUGACUGA